GGCGCCCCCAAUUAGGGUCUGAUCCAAACGCCUCUUUACUUUCUCUUUCUAUUGCCCAAAACCGUUUAAACUGUCGCAGUCUGUUUUCCUUCUGCCUCCGAGCAUCUCCGCCGCCCAUUAUCCUUUCCAAAUCUUAGCUUCACACUCCUCUUUCUUUGCUUUUAUGUUCUAUCAUCUACUCCCACCUACUUCACUCUCUCUUAUGAUCCGCAAAUUUUCUCUCGCCCCGAUCCGAUUCGUUUCUUAUGGGAUAUCUUUCGUCGUAGAUAUUGCCGGAAUUUCGUCUUCUCUCUAACGGUUUUUUAUUCUUGGUUUCAAGCUUUUUGGCCGAUCCAUUGAAUAUCGGCCUUCGAAAAUUUUGACCGAUAAUUUUUUUUCUUGAAAAAUUAAUUUUUAUUUUAUUUUUUUUUUAAAGAGGGUAUAUUAGAUAUCGACUGGGUUGUAAUUUAUUUAUUUUUGUAUGGAUGAGAAGGACAAAAAGGUGAAUAGAGUGCGUGCUGCCAUGUCAGAUACGGUUGCAGAGUGCGUGAUUCAGUACAUAAACGACCCCAAGGAUCGAGACGCCGUUUCGUUGGUGUGCCGGCGGUGGUACGAGCUGGACGCAAUUACACGUAAGCACAUAACGAUUGCGUUGUGCUACACGACCACACCGGAGAGGUUACGGCGUCGUUUCAGCCACUUAGAGUCGUUGAAAUUGAAGGGGAAGCCAAGAGCGGCGAUGUUUAAUUUGAUACCCGAGGAUUGGGGCGGGUAUGUGACACCGUGGGUUAAUGAAAUUGCUCAGUCGUUUAAUUGUUUAAAGUCGCUUCACUUUCGGAGGAUGAUUGUGAGUGACUCGGAUCUGGAAGUUUUGGCUACGGCUCGAGGGAGGAAUCUUCAGGUUUUGAAGCUUGAUAAGUGUUCUGGGUUCUCUACAGAUGGGCUUCUCCAUGUGACUCGCUCCUGCAGGCAAUUAAGAACCUUAUUUUUGGAGGAGAGCUCAAUAAGUGAGAGAGAUGGUGCUUGGCUUCACGAACUUGCUUUAAAUAACACAGUACUUGAGAAAUUAAACUUCUACAUGACAGAACUGGUCAAGGUCAACGUUGAAGACCUGAAACUCAUAGCCAGAAAUUGUCCGUCCUUAACAUCUGUGAAAAUAAAUGACUGUGAUCUCUUGCACCUUGUCAAUUUCUUUCAAACUGCAACUGCUUUAGAGGAAUUUUGUGGGGGCUCCUUCAAUGUUCAACCAGCAGACACGUAUUCUGCCCUGUCAUUUCCCCCUAGGUUAUGCUGUUUGGGUCUAUCCUAUUUGGGGAAACCUUAUAUGUUUUUGCUGUUCCCUUGUGCAUCUGUGCUGAAAAAGUUGGACCUCCUCUACGCAUUGCUGGACACUGAGGACCAUUGUCUGUUAAUUCAGAAAUGUCUGAACUUAGAAGUUCUUGAGACAAGGGAAGUAAUUGGAGAUAGAGGAUUAGAAGUUCUUUCUCAGAAUUGUAAGAAAUUAAAGAGGCUUAGAAUUGAGCGAGGGGCUGAUGAGCAGGGAAUGGAGGAUGAAGAAGGUCUUGUUUCGCAAAGAGGUUUGACUCAUCUGGCUCAUGGCUGCCUAGAGCUGGAACACGUGGCAGUUUAUGUAUCAGAUAUCACAAAUGCAUCUCUUGUAUGUAUAGGUGAUCACUUGAAAAACCUCUGUGAUUUUCGCCUAGUUUUGCUUGACAGAGAAGAGAAGAUAGCAGAUUUGCCACUUGAUAAUGGAGUUCGAGCUCUGUUGAGGGGAUGUGACAAGCUUCGAAGGUUUGCACUAUAUUUAAGACAGGGAGGUUUAACGGAUGUGGGCCUCAGUUAUAUUGGGCAAUACAGUUUAAACGUGAGAUGGAUGCUUUUGGGUUGUGUUGGGGAGUCUGAUUUGGGGCUUAUGCAGUUCUCGAGGGGAUGCCCUAACUUGCAAAAACUGGAAAUGAGAGGUUGUUCCUUCAGUGAGCGUGCCCUAGCUAUUGCUGUGAUGCAACUGACUUCGCUGAGGUACUUAUGGGUGCAGGGGUAUCGAGCAUCCCAAAAUGGUCGUGAUCUUUUGGCAAUGGUUCGCCCAUUUUGGAACAUCGAGUUAAUUCCUCCUCGGCAUAUUCAAGAGGUUGAUCAGGAUGGACAACCAGCAGUGAUUGAGCACCCAGCUCAUAUACUUGCAUACUACUCCCUCGCUGGACAAAGGGCAGAUUUUCCAGAGACAGUGCGCCCAUUAGAUCCAGAAGAUUUACUUAUCAGAUAGAGCCAGCUGUAUAUACAUCCUUUUUCAAAGUCUGUUGUUUUCAUUUUAGUGCCACGCCCCAUUUAUAAAUUCAAAAACGAUUUUCAUUUUUCGUCAGAGGGUUCAAAUUUUUAGUUUUGAUUUUGUUUUUAAUGUUGUAGACUUUUGUUCCUUAUAUAAGUUUGUAUUUUCAUCUGUAAUUUGAAAGCAGUUGCUACUGUCUUGUUCCUUUGUACAAUUAGGUAGCUUAAAUCUCUGUCUCAGUCCAUGAGUGAAUUGUAUUAAAGUGAGCAACUUUUUUCUUACUUUUGUUAUUUGGGGAAAUGAUGGGAUGCUUUGAAGUCUUUAAUAAAUAUGUAACAUGUGAUUUUACCUUGAUUA